GACUCCUGCGCUAAGAUCACGAUGGUGGAGGUGAGAGCGUUGUGGCUGCUGGUGCUGGUGCUGGCGACGGUGUCUACGCAUGCGCAGGGCGGCAAGAGGGACUGUGAGGCGGCUGGCGGGAGAUGUGUUCCCGCCAAAACCUGUGACGUCACACCUUCUCAACAUGGCUGCCGGGGGCAAGAUGACGUCUGCUGCAUUAACACUCCAUCACGCGAGAAAAGCGAAGCUACAAAAAUCAAAGCUAGUAGAGAAAGAAAAACAGGGAGAAAGAGGAAGCAGUUCAGGACAAAUAAGAAUAAGGCAAUUAAGAAACACAUUACACAUAAACUGAAAAAUCCAAAAAAUAAAGUGAGGAAGCUGAGAGCUGGUCGCCAUGACACCAGAGAUGAAGGUGAUGACAGAGACGGAUAUGGAGAAGGAGGCAACGCUUGCAAGGAGAUGGGCGGACAGUGUCACCCCAAGAAAUACAAGUGUAAGAAGAUUAAAGCCAAGGGAUGCGCAAGAGGAGAAAAAUGCUGUCAUGGAACGCAUGAUAAACCGCACGAUGUGGCGGGUCCCCCAGGUCCCCCUGGUCCUCCUGGUCCCCCUGGACCUACUGGUCCUUCUGGGUCUGAUGGUCACCAUGGUAAACCAGGUCCGUCUGGUCAUGACGGUAAAGACGGCGUUCCCGGUACUCCAGGCAAGGACGGCAUGCCAGGCAAGGACGGCAUUCCAGGCACCAACGGCACCAACGGUACCAACGGUACCAACGGUACUAACGGAAUUAACGGCACAGACGGUGCUCCCGGUAAAGACGGUAAGGACGGUGCUCGAGGCAUGCCUGGUCAUCCAGGUAAGGACGGCUCUCCAGGCAAGGACGGUAUUCCAGGCACCAACGGUACUAACGGCAAGGACGGGGCACCUGGCAGGGACGGGGCUCACGGGGAACGAGGACAUCCAGGUCAUCCAGGACCUGCUGGCCCCCGUGGUCCUGCAGGACCUUCAGGUGCAAAUGGCACUAACGGUGCUGAUGGAGCCCCGGGGCGUCCUGGUGCUGAUGGCCAUCCAGGAUCUCAAGGCCCUCCAGGUCCUCCAGGACCUGGAGGACCACAAGGAUCACAAGGACCGCAAGGACCACAAGGACCACAAGGAAAUGAAGGACACAUGGGCCCUCCAGGACCCACGGGCCCUACAGGACCCAUGGGCCCUAAAGGGUCUCCAGGGCCUAAAGGUCCUCCAGGAAAUAAUGGACAUGGAAAUCAUGGAGGUGGCAAUAAUGGACAUAAUGGACAUAAUGGAGGUGGCAAUAAUGGAGGUGAAAAUACUGGACAUGAUGGACAUAACAAUAAUGGAGAUGACAAUGAUGGACAUAAUGGACAUAACAAUAAUGGACAUAACAAUAAUGGAGAUGACAAUGAUGGACAUAAUGGACAUAACAAUAAUGGACAUAACAAUAAUGGAGAUGACAAUGAUGGACAUAAUGGACAUAACAAUAAUGGACAUAACAAUAAUGGACAUAACAAUAAUGGACAUAAUGGACAUAACAAUAAUGGAGAUGACAAUGAUGGACAAAAUGGACAUAACAAUAAUGGAGAUGACAAUGAUGGACAAAAUGGACAUAACAAUAAUGGACAUAACAAUAAUGGACAUAACAAUAAUGAACAUAAUGGACAUAACAAUAAUGUACAUAAUGGAGGUAACGAUAAUGGACAUAAUGAAGGUUUCAAUAAUGGAAAUAACUCAAGUGACCAGACUGAACAUAAUGGAAGUGAUGAUAAUAAUAAGAAUAAUGAUGACGAUAACAGAAACUAA